ACGUUGGGUGGUUGUGAGAUUUCGCAUAUAGGGACAACAUUCGCAAAUUUAGGUGUGGUUCAGGGAUAAUAUGGGAAAUAGAAAUGAUGAAGUAACGUACUAGAAGAAGAUUUGGAGGGGGAUUUUUGCCAGAGGUGUUUCAGCACUCGCUUUGAGCUCUCUUCCUUUCAUAGUCGUUUUUUCCUGAUUUGAAAAGUAGAUGUUUAAGAAGCAGAAUUCUCCAUUUUUUCUCAACUCAUCUUCGAAUUGUUAUAAAACAAUUUUGACACAACCCAAAAAGAAAAACUGAAAAUUCUAAACAAAGCUAGCUAGUGGUGGUUGAGGAGCUUUUAGAAAUGCAAGACACCCACUCAAUUGGAGGAGGAGGCAGGUUAUUUAGCGGUGGAGGUGGAGGUGACAGGAAACUACGGCCACACCACCACCAGAACCAACAAGCAUUAAAGUGCCCACGAUGCGACUCGCUGAACACAAAAUUCUGUUACUACAACAAUUACAACCUCUCUCAACCUCGUCACUUCUGUAAGAGUUGCCGGCGUUACUGGACUAAAGGGGGUGUCCUCCGCAACGUUCCUGUUGGUGGUGGAUGCCGCAAGACUAAGCGGUCUAGGCCUAAACAAAAUACACCAAUUACAACUUGUGAUACAAUUACGGCCUCCAGUACCACACCGCAGGAGCUACAGGAACAACAUCAGCAGCGAGAUCAUAAAUCCUCCGACUCUCAUUCUAGUAGUGAGAGUUCAAGUCUUACUGCUACAAAUAACACGAAUGCAAAUACUACAGCGGAAGCAGUGUCUGCGCUCUCUGUAAGCUCUGUUGUCUCCAAUAAUUUAUUAAAUGGUAUUGUUGAAUCCAAAAUCUUUCCGCAUGGGAAUGUGAAUCCGAGUUUUGAACCUUCUUUGCUCGAGCAAGGAUCGGACUGUGGGAUUUUUUCUGAGAUUGGGAGUUUUACAAGCUUGAUCACAUCGACGAAUGACUUGUUUGGAUUUAGUAACAUGAUGAGCCAACACCAGCCCCCGCACCAGCAACAGGGGCUCGAGCAUCAUGUCCAACAUAAUCAGAACCAGCAGCAGUGGCAAAAUCAUCAACAGCAGGAGAUGACAGGAGGAGGGGGGUUGAUUGAUCAGACGGUUCACGUUGAGUUAUCAGCUUUGCCUAGUAGUAGAUCAACAAAGAAUGAUGAUGGGGAAUUUGGAGCGUUGGACUGGCAAUUAGGGAGUGGUGACCAAGCUACUAGUUUGUUUGAUCUUCCUAAUGCCGUCGAUCAAGCUUACUGGAGUCAGAGCCAAUGGAAUGAUCAAGAUCACCCUAGUCUCUACAUCCCGUAAAUCUCCUUGCUUUUUUUAACUUCAAAUUACAGAAGAAUUAAAAAAACAAAUCUCUCAAAAAGGAAAUGGAAAAUAUAAGUCUGAGAGACUAUGGAAAUUGGAAAAUAUGAAAUGACUGCUUUCCUUUUAUGUAAAUUUUUUUAUAUCAAUCUUCUUUUUAUUUUUCUGGGGUAUAUCUGGUGAUUUUAAAAGGUACUUGGGUUUGAUUUAAAACCCAAGUAACUUUUAUGUUAGUUAUUUUCCUCUCUUUUUUCCCUUCUAAUUCUUUUGGAAGGUUUUUAUUUCUGAUGUAUCUAAUGAGAUUAAAUCAAAUCAAGAUAUAGAGAAGAUAGAGUGUUUUGUUUUUGAUA